AUGGAGUUCAGGGUAUCAGCACCUGGAAAAAUAAUUCUCUAUGGUGAGCACGCUGUGGUGUACGGCAAAACAGCAGUUGCAGCGAGUUUAGAUUUGAGAACAACACUGGAGUUCAAGGAGACUCAGGAUCAGAUAAUCAGAUUGUCAAUGCCGAAAGUCCGGCUGCAGAUCAAUAUACCAGUGGCUGAUAUUCAGAACAAUUUUUUCAAUGACUGCUGUCCAAAGUUCACGGAUGAUCACGAGAAUUUUUACCUUUACGUGCAGAAGUUUGUGGAGAAAAUUGGGUACACCAAUCUCCAGCAGAAACUGGCCCUCGAGGCUUUCAUCUACUUGUUGAUUGCUGUUGCGCAGGUGGAGGGGAUCAUUGUGAGGCCUUUCAGGGUUUCCCUAGACUCAGCCCUGGCGAUUUCCUCUGGCCUGGGGAGUUCCGCAUCCUUCGCCGUCUGCAUGGCCGCCUGUUUCGUUCACCUGUCGAACCUCCAGAAGAACAAAGCCUCGAUUUUUAGCGAACACGAACUGGAGAAGAUCUCCAGGUUUGCCUUCAACUGCGAGAAGAUUAUGCACGGAACACCCUCUGGUAUCGACAACUCCGUCUGCACUUACGGGUCCAUUAUCGAGUUCAGGAGGGGGGUGACGCUGGAGCCCAUCCUGGGGGCCAUGCAGAUGAGGGUCCUCCUGGUGGACACGCGGGUUCAGAGGAGUACUAAAGCCCAGGUGGAUAAAGUCGGGGAUUUGAAGAGGAAAUAUCCCAGAAUCUUUGAUCCAGUGAUUGAUGCUAUUGAUAACGUAUCCAAAGAGGCUCUGGAGGUCAUCAGGACCGUCAGGAGGUUACCUGGAGUUGGGGGAGAGGGACUGCACAGCAGUUAUCAACAGUUGAUGACCUUAAUGGAGGUGAAUCAAGGCCUCCUAGCAACCUGCCAAGCCUCCCACUCAUCCCUGGAUCGAAUCUGCGCCGAAGCCAAGAACUACGGAUUAGCUGCCAAACUGACUGGUGCUGGUGGUGGUGGUUAUGCCUACAUUCUCCUAUUACCAGACACUCCAAACGAAACAAUCACCAGUAUAACAAAGAAACUCAUUGCCAAUGGCUACCUCGUCACUCUAACAAAUCUCGGUGGUGCUGGAGUCCAGUUGCACACUCCAUGAUAGAACAAAACUUAAUUAUUUAUUACCAUUCAGGGUUUUAGUUGGAAUCAUUGUCAAAUGAUUACAUUGUUAAAUGAUUUUCUCUAUCAAUUUUUAUACUGACGGGGGGGAAGGGCAUUUAAUUUAUCCACUUUCACGAUUUAAGGAGCGAACUCAUUACAAAAUUCAUUGGUCAAUUUGUAUACAAAAUAGUGAUUAUUGAGAAUUAUGACAUUUAAUGAAAUAAAUGUGACUAAUUAUACACUGA